CCUCCGGACGGGAGGAUGGAGACACAGCGCGAGCACCUGGUGCGGGGCGCGGAGGAGGCUGUGGCGGCCGGGAGCGGCGUCCGGAGCCAGCGGAGGAGCCGAGCGCGCUGCCCGCCUGCCGCCAGCCGCUAGGGGAGGGGGAGAGGAAGGAAGGACCGCCGGACGGGCUGACUGACUGACUGACCGGCCGGCUGGCCUGUCUCUCCGCCAGGGCCAGCGCGGCCGCUGACCGACCGCUGGCCUCGCCGCCGCCGCCGCCGCCUCGGGGCUCUGCGGUCCCCCGCCGGCCGGCCUCGGGGCCCGCGACCGCGGCUCGGAGGGGCGGCCGCUCCCGCCCCCUCCCGCGAGCAGGGGAGGGGCCGCGCUCGCUCCGCGUUUUCCCCGCCCCUCUCCGCCCCUCGCCCCCCGCGGCUCGGGGCCGCGCUCGCCUCCAGCCGGCCGCGCUGACUCGGGGAAGCGGCGCCCUCCGCUCGGGCGAGCGGGUCCGCGGAGGCAGCGGCUGAGGCACCGGCAGCCUCCCCGGCGGGCUUCCGCCUGUCCCGGCCGGCGCUGCCCUGGCCCAGCGGGAUCUGGAGGCCGGCGGAGGCGGCCUGUGAUGGGAGUGUGAGGAGGCAGCCGCGGGCCCGGGGAAUGUGAGGCGGCGCGUGGCGGCGGCGCGGAGCGCGAGAGACCCGCCGGGGUGGGGGCGCUGGAGCGGCGGCUCGCACCGCUCCCAGCCCGGCUCUCGUGCCUCGGACGCGGCGGCGGUAGCCUCCCGCCUCAGCCCGGGCGAGCACCCGGCGGCUCCUCAGCCUCCGCCGCUGGCCGCAGCUGCUCGGCCGCCCUGGCGCUGGGGGGCUGGGUGCCGGGCGGGGAGGCGCGGGGCUUCGGCUCUCUGAUUCAUUCAUUCUCCGCGGACUGGAGCCUUAGCGCCGCGGUGCUCUGAAGCGAGGAGGGGAGCGGGCACCGACAGCUCCGCAUGAAGAGCCGGGCGCCCGGCGGGCUCCAUUGUGCUCGGCGGCGGGGGGCGGGCAGGGGCUGAGGGCGGUGGGAGCGGGCCCCCUCCCCCUGCUCCCCGGCGUGCGCGGCGCCCCCAGCCUGCUGCCAGCCUGGAAAUGGCUCCGUUCCUUCUCCUGGGGAGAAUGAAUCGAUCCUGCCUAGCCUUCUCUCCCACCUCUCCUCCUCUCUGCUCCGAGUCUUAGGAGAUAUUUAAAAAAAUAAUAAUUUUAUUUUUAAAAAGACAGAUUCCAAUGUGGAGUGCCGAGCAAGUCACCAGCUGCCGGGUUUGCACUUCCAGAAGAUUUUUCUAUAUAGUCUUUUUUUUUUUUUUUUUGUAAUGUAAGCGCAGGGAAGCAGUGGCAUCGCUGCUUUUAGGGUUUUUAUUAAAGUGCACGUCGCAUUGGGUUGCAUGCUCCACCCCCCCGGGAGCUAGAGGGGUGGAGAAAUUUGAACCCACAGCCUUAGCGCCGUCCAGGCCGAAUUACCUGGCUCUCCCUGAGUGUCGAGGAGGACAUGAGUGAAAUGACCAGCGAACUCAUUUUUGAUAGGACUCCUUGAAGCCGGGUUCUGCGUUUUCCUACAUGUGCACUCAUUUUGUGGAAUAGUUUGACCGCUGUAUCCUCCACGCAGCAUUUUAACUGACAAUAAGCAAAUGCCACCUCUGUUUGAACGUUUUGGUAUCUACGAGGGAGAGCUCAUAUUACCUAAGAGAAAUAAUUGAAUUGGUCAGCAUCAUUGAAGCACCCCCCGGAAAAGAUCUCGGAGAGGUGGAAAAGCAACUGCGAAAUAGCAGACGGAGAAAUCCUUUUGGAAGUUAUUCUGUAGCAUAAAAGCAGAAACUUCAGAGCAAGUUUUCACUGGGCAAAAUGGGGGAGCAACCUAUCUUCAGCACUAGAGCUCAUGUCUUCCAGAUUGACCCAAACACAAAGAAGAAUUGGGUACCCACCAGCAAGCACGCAGUUACUGUGUCUUAUUUUUAUGACAGCACAAGAAAUGUGUAUAGGAUAAUCAGUUUAGAUGGCUCAAAGGCAAUAAUAAAUAGUACCAUCACCCCAAACAUGACAUUUACUAAAACAUCUCAGAAGUUUGGCCAGUGGGCCGAUAGCCGGGCAAACACUGUCUAUGGAUUGGGAUUCUCCUCUGAGCACCAUCUUUCAAAAUUUGCAGAAAAGUUUCAGGAAUUUAAAGAAGCUGCUCGACUAGCAAAGGAGAAAUCACAAGAAAAGAUGGAACUUACCAGUACACCUUCACAGGAAUCAGCAGGUGGAGAUCUUCAGUCUCCAUUAACACCAGAAAGUAUCAAUGGGACAGAUGAUGAAAGAACACCUGAUGUGACACAGAACUCAGAGCCAAGGGCUGAACCAACUCAGAAUGCAUUGCCAUUUUCACAUAGUUCAGCCAUCAGCAAACACUGGGAAGCUGAACUGGCUACCCUCAAAGGAAAUAAUGCUAAACUCACUGCAGCCCUGUUGGAGUCCACUGCCAAUGUGAAACAAUGGAAACAGCAACUUGCUGCAUAUCAAGAGGAAGCAGAGCGUCUGCACAAGCGGGUCACUGAGCUUGAGUGUGUUAGUAGCCAAGCAAAUGCAGUGCAUACUCAUAAAACAGAACUAAAUCAGACAAUACAAGAACUAGAAGAGACAUUGAAAGAAAAGGAAGAGGAAAUAGAAAGAUUAAAACAAGAAAUUGAUAAUGCCAGAGAACUACAAGAACAGAGGGACUCUCUCACUCAGAAACUACAGGAAGUAGAAAUUCGGAACAAAGACCUGGAGGGACAACUCUCUGACUUAGAGCAACGUCUGGAGAAGAGUCAAAAUGAACAAGAAGCUUUUCGCAAUAAUCUGAAGACACUCUUAGAGAUUCUGGAUGGAAAAAUAUUUGAACUAACAGAAUUACGAGAUAACCUGGCCAAGCUACUAGAAUGCAGCUAAGGAAAGUUAAAUUUCAGUGCCAAUUGAUUAAAAGAUACACUGUCUCUCUUCGUAGGACUGUAUGGGCUCUGCAUCAAGAUUGCACAAAAUUUUUUGAUUAUCACUCCUCCGGGAGGGGAAUCUUUUGAAAAUUGGAAUUGUAUAUUUCAGUGUAAAUUUUAGAAUUCAGCUUAUAGCUAGUUGGGGAAAAAAAGGAUGAAAAACUUGAACUACAAAUUACCUCCAUGUAUAUUAUUGGCCAUAGUUAACUAGAACGAUAUAAAUAGACACUUAAUGCAAUCUUUUUUUUCUGAUAUUAACCAAUGGGAGAAUUAACAAUGUCUGGGUCACAUCCUCUUUUUUGUGUUCAACACAGUGAAGAUUAUCGGCUUUUAAAAUUAAUUUAUUUAUGAUAUCUAGAGCUGUGUUUUGUGCAAAAACUGAGUAAUGAAAGCCCUGUCUUUUGUUGUAAUCUAAAUAAUUUCUCAGGAUAUUUUUGCACUGCUAAGAAGCAGUGCCAUUACCAAUUAAUUCUUGCCAGGAGUGAGAGAACGCUGCAUCUUUAAUUGAAAAAAACACGAUAACUGGGUGUAUAGACUUCUUCCCUUUUUUGUACUAGAAGACUUUUCACUCUGGUGACUACUCUGGUACAUUCUGGUGUUCUCUAACUUUGUCUGUUGUGUACUUUACUUUUCCAUAUUGAUUCCAUGUAUUUAUGAGAGGAUAUUGUCUCCCAUUUUACUACAUAUUUUAAAGCCAACUAACAAAGGCAGCUGAGUCCCUCAGAAAUUUUUCUUUUUAAAUUUCUAAUAAAUUUGACAACACAGAACUGAAAUACAGCAGCCCGUCACUGACGGUCUGGUCUAGCAAUGUUAAGUAUCUUUACAGAAAAAUAUGCAGUUACAUUUAUUUAUAUAUUUUGCAAGAAACCUUUUCUGAAUGAUCAAUACAUUUCAAUUUAUGAAUAAUAAUGGUUGUUGGGGAAUUGUUUAUUAUAGAUAAUUUUAAGGUGUAUAGCAAUUUUCAAGGGGAUCCAUUUACAUCGAACAGCUGAUCGGAGGACUAUAUCUAAAUUGUGAUCGUGGCAUAUGGAGAUGGAGUUAAAGUACUCUAUCUGGUCUUUACAUCAUCUACAUCUUUAUUCAAACCUCACAAGGCAAUAUUCUGAACUGUUAACUAGGCAUUUCAAAACAGGAAUUACAUUCAACAAGGCUCUUCUCAGUGAGCAGGUUUUAAUGUUGUUUUGAUGUAAUUUUAAAAGACUUUUAGCAAAUAUGCAUUUCUUUAUAUAUUUCUUUUAUGAAGCUCUUUUAAAAGUAAGCCAAGUGCUGUCUGGUCUGCUUAUGGAGUAGGAUUUGCAUCAGAGUUCAUAUAUUCUUGCUGUACAAUGCCUGUGAUGUUGAGGAAGGUUCUUUUUUAGUGUAUGCCUGAAUAUCUGACUCUAUGGAGUUGAUGAAUGCACUGACUUUUGUUUGUACCCCAAAUGAUUGAAUUGUUAAGUACAAAAUUAAGCUAAUCAGUUUGUAACCAUUUUUCACUCAUAAACAGCUACUCAACACUAGAUAAUUUUGUUUUAUAUUUAUGUGUAUGUACAUAAAUACAUACAUAUUAAUUUAUAUUAGAGUGAAAAAUAAAUGGUUUGUUUCUAAAGUUAGUUUCUACAGUGAGUUUUCAAGUGUCUCUGACACUUUACAUUAUUAUAUGUGCUGUAACACCAUGUAAGUUGCCUCCAUCUACCUUAGGAUAUUUUCCUAACCUAUUUAUUAUAGGGAGAAUAGUUUAGGUUCAUAUGCUCAGAGCUAAGAUGUUUCUCUGAUAAAUCAGGUAAUAAAAUGUAUUUGAUGGAUAGAAUUUUGAAGUGGAUAUGGUUUUAUCCAUGAGUUUCUGAGUAACAAAGAGCGCCAGGUUUUAAUUUAAAUAAGGGGCUAACAGUAGGGAUCAGGGAAUUAAGUUAUGAAAGGUUAAACAAUCUAAAAAAAAGUCUAGGCUGUCGAAAUGGUAAGUGGAUUAUUUUAAUGAUGUAAUAAAAUAUUUUUAAAUUUUGACAUAGUGAUCGUUUAAUGGGAAAAUAACUCACCAAAAUGUCUCCACUGGAAUUGUACUAAUAAUGUGAGACAUGUGUAAUUCAAUAUAUACAUAUACCCAUAUGUAUAUACAGAAAAUUAUUUUUAAUAUUUUCCUACUGAUAUGACUUAAAAUUGCAAAUUUUGUGAGUGUCUUCCUUGUCCAAUAGAGCCUAAUUGUUGAAUUUUUUUUAAGUGAUUUAACGAUUUCUUGAGGGCUGCACCUUUAAAUUCCCAGAUUGUCAAUAGACAUGUACAGAUAAUGGGAUAAGGUGGACACAAGUGCACAUAUAAAUAAAACCUUCUUAUUAAGGCUGUUUUAAACACUCAUUUGUUACAGUUAGGAGAGUAUCUAGAAAUCAUUAUAAGUCAUAAUUAGGUUGUGUAUCUACUGUAAUUUUUCCCAUUUCUGUAUUAUAUAUAUAACAUUUGCAUAUUAAAAUUUGAUUUUUCCCAGAGACUAGUAUUCUAUAAUGUAUCUAUAUUUGAGAUCAAACUGUGGUAAUAUAUUUGUCAGAACAUAAUGUUGGGGACUAUAGCCUGAACACGUGGAUUUAGAGUGACACAGUGGAGGAGAGCAGAGACCGAUCCCAUUGUGUAUAAGUUACAUGAUAACCGAGUUCUUGUACAAAAUUGAAAACUGGAAAAGAAAAAAAAGAAAGACAAAAAUACACUUUUUAUUUUUGAAAUACAAUUUGUCAUCCUCUGGAGAAUGUACUUCAUCCUUUUUUUUUCUUCAGUCUUUUACCAAUAUUUUAAAGCAUUUAAGUGAUCACAGCAUUUACUUAAAUCUCACAGGUGCUACGGGAUUUUGCAUUAGUUUGUCAUGCUGUGAAAUCCUAACUUUGACAUAGAAGGUUUUAUAGUAUUUCCCUGUCUAGAAAAUUAGUUUUUAUACUUCUCUUAGUGCCCUAAUCCACCCUUCCAUCCCUUGCCUCCUUCUUCCCUCCAACAAGAAAGAGGUCAGUGAGUUCAUCACUCCUUGUCCCUAUUGAAGACCUCCCACACCAUUAUAGGUUUGAUGUUUGGCUGCCAUUGAACUGUUGGGAAAUACUUUAACACUUGUACUUUUUUUUUAGGUGAAACUAUUUAAGACACUCAAAAUUAAACCAACACAAUCAUCUUUGAAAACUCAUUUCUUUGCCCUGUUGAAAUUAAACAUAUUCUUUACCA